AGAGCAAUUUUUUCCUCUUUGUUGAUACAGUUAAUGUUGGCUUUUCUGUCUACCGACAAAUCAAAAUAUGCUAUGCUCUGUGCUCGGCUAUUUACUAAAUCACAACAUGAUACUAAUGAUUCAGCGUGCUGCACUUUGACUUCCUGAAUUGAACCAAAAUAAAAAGAGCAAUGUAUACACGCAGAAUACGUUCAACUCGUUUCAAGAAUAAUGGGCAGUGCUUCAAAGUUCUUGUCAAUAACGCAAAACGGCUUGUUUCACAAGAUGCAAAAUCACCGAGUGAAACACCGAACCGACUUCACGACAACGAAACUGAAGGCACAAAAAUUCAAACGAUAAAGCUGUUUUCACAUUCAAGAAAUUCGCUUUUUAGAAAUCAGGCGUCUAGAGAUUUGAAAAGGUUUCUGGAGGAGGUUGGAACAGAUCCAAAAGAAGCUCGGUAUUGGCUAAGACACUUUCAAGAACUUGAAAUGAAAACAGAAAAACCAUUUGCUGUUGUUCAGAUAGAUUCYAGUGUUUUCAAUGACGAAAAAAUGCUUGAAAGAGUGGCCUCAAGUUUGGCAUUUUUAUAUCGUAAUGGUAUGGAAGCAGUAGUAAUCCAUGGAGUUCCUGGAUCAAGUUAUGGAAUACUAGAUAAGAAAACAAAGCAUCAGUUAAUAGAGGAAAAUAUCAAACUUGUUGACUUGCUUGAGAAGAAUGAUGUCCGCGCAAGACCUUUUCUCUGUUCAAGCCAYAUGAUAUCUGUCCGAACAACAGCAAACAAUUUAACAGACUUAGGGAUUGACGAUGCUGAUGUCAAGUAUAUAAACUGGUGUUUAAGUUCUGGUCACAUUCCUGUAAUGGCAGCAAUAGGAGAGACAGAAGAUGGUCAAGUUGUUUAUACAGAUGCAACUAGCACUACUGUGAAAAUAGCAGGCAUUCUGAAACCAACCAAAGUGAUUUUUCUUAACACCACAGGGGCUCUGAAAGACAGCAAAGGAAAGGUUAUAGAUUGUGUUAGUCUUCCUCAAGAUGUUGAUGCUGUUAUACAAGAGCAAUGGAUGGAUGAGUCAUCAUUGCACAUGGUUAAAUUAAUAACUGAUUUGAUUCCUGAAAUGCCUCCACACACUUCAGCAGUUAUAACUAGUGCAGACAGCCUUAUCAAAGAACUCUUCACACAUUGCGGGUCUGGAACUCUUUUUCAGUCUGCUGAACCUAUAAAUGUUCAUCAUUCAUUAGAGGGUGUUGAUGAAGAGAAAUUGUGGGAGCUCUUAGUUAAGUCAUUUAACCAAUCACUAGAUAAAGACUACUUCUCAAGUCUGGGGAAAAACCUUCAUAGUUUGUAUAUUACUGAAAGCUAUACUGCUGCAGCAAUUAUUGUAACACCAGAGGAAACCUGUGGUAUCCCAUACUUGGAUAAGUUUAGCAUUAGUAAACAAAGUCAAGGACUAGGCACCAGYAAUUUACUGUGGGARAAAAUCACACAGGACUUUCCCCARCUUUGUUGGAGAUCAAGAGGAACCAAUCGAAUCAAUCCAUGGUAUUUUGUGAGGUCGACUGGUAGUUGUCAAAAAGGAAAUUGGACUGUAUUUUGGUAUGGAAUAUCUGAUCCACAUAUCACACAUCAGAUCACUCAGUAUACCUGUAGUCUACCUUCAUCUUUUGAUCCCAUUGCUCCUCAUGAUGAACAAAGAAAAAAACGUAUUUCUACAAGUGAAUACCACAAGUAUUUGUGACAUUCUUCAAUCCUGACAUUAUAAAUUCUUCUUCAUUGAAAAAAAUUAAACCAGAGUUAUGUUUUUAAUAAAGUAUUGCUUUUUACAUAA